AUCCCAAUUCAAAGACUGGCUCCCCUUUAUUCGUUUGGGUCCGCCCUAUUUAAAUAUAUGUUUUACUCUGUAUAGCUUUUUCCUCCACGCAAGUCCACAAUUUGGGAAGGGCACCGCUUGCAUAUAUUCAUAGAGAGGGAGAUACGUUUUCAUCGUGUAUUUCUUUUAGCAGAGAAACGGAAAAGAUUUUCAAGAGCUCGCAAUCGAGGUAUAAUCAGGGAGAAGAGGGUGACCGGUGGUGGUACUAUUUUGAUGGAGUGAGAGAUUGCAGGGGGAUUUUCAGAGCAAAAUUGAGAAAGGAGAGGAGAGCGAUAGAGAGGAGGAGGAAGAAGAACAGCCAUGUCUGCGUUAGUGUGUGGAAAGAGGUCAGUUUUUGAAGAUCUGCACACACCACCUCCCAUUUCGAAGAGGCUUCGCUGUUCCUCCGGUGGUAAUUCGCCAAUCCGCACCUUUACAAGGACUCCUUCUCCGACGCCGCCUCCCUCCGUAGAGACAGACCCAGAUACAGAAAUUGCUGUUGCUGCACCUACUUAUCACAGUGAUACCCACAUUCAUACGCUAUCUCACCUCAAACGGCUCUUCCCUCACAUGGAUGAACAGCAUCUUCAAGCAGUUUUGGAGUCAUGUGGCAAUGAUCUUGCUUCUGCAAUCAAAAGUUUGAAUGAAUUACAGUUAGGGUCAAAUGAGAGAGAUUCCUCUUCAUGUGGAAUUAUACCAGAUUCAAGUAUCGGUUCAGAUCUUCGCCCAUCCAAUGAAGCAAACCGAGUAAAUCACUUUCCUGUCAAAGAAACAGAUGCUAACAACGCAGAAGGCUCUGCUACAGCCCUUCCGGUUAAUGGAUCUGACUGGGUGCAGCUCCUUUUGCAAGAGAUGCAGAAUGCAUCUGAUAUGGAUGAUGCCAGGCUACGUGCUUCAAGAGCACUUGUAGCACUUGAAAAUGCUAUUGUUGCUCGGACAGGUUCUAUAGCUGAAAAUUUGCAGAAGGAAAAUUUGUUGCUAAAGCAGCAAGUUGAAGGUCUAUUUCGUGAUAAUAGCAUUCUCAAGCGAGCUGUUACCAUACAGCAUGAGCGUCAAAAAGAGCACGAGGAAAGGGGGCGAGAGUUGCAGAAUCUGAAGCAACUUUUAUCUCAGUAUCAAGAACAGCUAAGGACAUUGGAGGUAAAUAAUUAUGCUCUGACCCUUCAUCUUCGUCAGGCUCAAGAAAGCAACUCCAUUCCUGGGCGUUUUCAUCCUGACGUGUUCUGAAAUUUUCAGUGUGCAAAGAUUGUAAAGAGAUCAAGAGAGAUAUCAAAGGUUAAAUUUUCUGCAGUAGUUACAUAUUCCCUUACACAUUACAGGUGGAUUCCAAUUGAAAUUCAAAAAAUCAAAGGCUGUAAAGGUUUUUGAUACUUUAUUUUUGUUUAAUUGCAAAGCAAUUUUGAAUGAGAUAAUUUACAAGAGUUUUUGAAGAAUCCUUUAUGAAAGAUGGCAAAAUCCUAAACUUAAACUUGAAUGGGUUGGAGGAUGAGAACCUGUCAAAGACACUAUAUUUUUCUGAAUAGUUUUCGAGCAUGUACUAGAUAAAUAUCCAUCUGGUCUUUUGUGUGAAGCUUUGAAUUAAUGAAUGGUAUUUUUUUAUAGUUGCA